AUGGAGUGCUUCAUGAAACAGUUAAAACUUGGUGGCGAACCGAGGAACUUUGGAUGUCGAUAUGACUGUGAUGUGCAGCGUUCUGUCGAAGAUGGAAAGGUGUUGAAGUUUCUGAGUGAGCGGACGCAGGAGGUAGAAGGUCGUUAUGAGGUUCCGCUGCUUUGGAAGGACGAAAAUAUCCAACUUCCUGAGAAUCGUGUUGUGGCUAUUCACCGACUUGGUCUUCUAGAGAAGAGACUUCCACGUGAUCUUGAGUUGGGCGAAGCCUACAAGAAAACAAUUGACACAGACCUAGAAAAGGGUCACCUUGUAUGUGGACCUGACUUGUUGAACAAUCUUGUUGGAAUCUUCAUGCGAUUCAGAGAAGAAAAAGUUGCCCUUUCUGGAGACAUAGAGGCAAUGUUUAACCAAGUUGCUGUCCCACCAGAGGAUCAAGCUGCCCUCCGUUUUCUGUGGCGCCAAUCAUCGGAGUCUGAAAUAGAAGUCUAUCAGUACCUGCGACAUAUCUUUAGGGCUAAGUGUGCACCAACGUGUUCUAAUUAUGCCCUUUUAAGGACGGCAGAGGACAAUGGACUGCAGUACGCUAUUGCUGCUCGUGCUGUUAGGCGCAAUUUUUAUAUGGAUGAUUUCUUUAAGUCUGUAAAGACGACAAGUGACACACUUGAACUGCAACAGCAACUUGUUGUGAUGCUAAAGCGUGCCGGGUUUAACUUGACCAAGUGGGUUUCGAACGUGAAAGAGGUAAUAGAACGUAUACCAGAAUCAGAAAGAGCUCCCUCCAUCAAGGUGGUAGAGGAAGAAAUAUUUAUGCCUGUGGAACGUACUCUCAGUGUCAUUUGGGACACAAGAUUGGACUGUUUUGUUUAUAAAGUGGUGAAAAGAGAUAUAGCAGACACGCGACGUAAGAUUCUGAGUUUGAUAGCGUCAUUGUUUGACCCAAUUGGUUUCCUGGCUCCAUUCCUGGUGAGAGCGAAGCUCCUCCUUCAACAAGUGUGGCAAUUUGGUAUUGGCUGGGAUGAAACUCCUCCAUCAGAGUUCCUCUUAGAGUGGUCCAAAUGGCAGAAAGAGCUGAAUAGUCUAUCAGAAUUCUUGGUUCCUCGAUUUUACAGUCAUGUUUCAGACAGUCCCACCGUUAUCCAGCUUCAUGUGUUUGGUGAUGCAAGUGAACAAGCAUUCUGUUCUGUAGCCUAUUUCGGAUUCAGUUACCCCAAUGGUUCUGUCAAGUGUGUAACAGCUAAGACGCGUGUAGCUCCUAAGAAACCUUUGAGCAUCCCUAAACUAGAGCUGCAAGCUGCAGUUUUAAGUGCAAGGUUAUCUACUGUGGUAAUCAAGGAACAUGAUUACAGGAUAGACUCUACCUACCUGUGGACUGAUAGUAGCACGGUGUUUCAGUGGAUUCGUGGUGAAUCUAAGCGACACCCCGCCAUCAUUGCGAACCGAGUUGGGGAGAUUCUGGACACAACUGAACCAAGCCAAUGGAAUCAUUGCCCUGGUGCUCUUAACCCAGGAGACGAUGGUAGCAGAGGACUUCCAGUCACAGCUAUCACAUCAGAGAGUAGAUGGUUGAAUGUUCCUGUAUUUUUAACCCUUUCUGAAGAAAGGUGGCCUAAGGGAAAUUCAAAGCUUGAAUCCUCCGGCCAGCAGAAACAAGAGACUUCAGCGUACAGUGCAUCGCAAGCUCAAACUUCAAAGGAAGAGUUCAUUUCGUUAACCAAGUAUUCAUCCCUAACACGACUUCUUAGAGUAACUGCUUACUCCUUCCGAUUUUUCUACAGGACUGACCGUCAAAGUGGUCCAUUGCUAGUAGAGGAGUUGGAGCGUGCUCAAAAGUUCUGGAUUGGCACCGCCAAGUGA